CUCCUGAGCUUCCUGUCUGUUAAUCCACUUGUUGAGGAGAAGAAGAGGACGAAGAGGUUGGACGCUUAAAGACUCACUACAAGACGAACAAUGGCGGAAACGGACCGGUAAAACAGCGACGGUCAGUAAAACACAACCCGGCUAUUGAGCGCCAUGUUUGGUCUGAGAGAAGCCGGUGUCCUCGGAGUCUCCGUGGCUCUUGCGGGGGGAGUCGCCUAUCUUAUCUGGAACUACGCAUCUUCCUCCAGGGAGAAGAAGCCUGAAACACGCCCGGCAAAGGACGGUAGAAGCGGCAGAGAGGGAAAGGAAGAAGGAAAGGAAAGAAGAGAGGCAGCUGAACACACUGUUGUGGUCUCUGCUGCUGCUGCUCCCGUUGUUGCUGCUGAACCUCAGAAAGCACCGGAGUCUCAACCCGUGAAAUCAGCGGGGACGCAGGUGCUGGUUCUGGGUCUGGAUGGAGCCGGUAAGACCAGCCUGCUGCACUGUUUGGCCAGCGGCAGCCUGGAGCAGGACAUGCAGCCGACGCAGGGCUUCAACGCCGUCUCCAUCAACAGAGGCGACCUGCACAUCGAGUUCCUAGAAAUUGGAGGUAAAGAGGAGCUGCGGCCAUACUGGAAGAGGUACAUGUCCAAGGCUCUUAUGUUGGUGUUUGUGGUCGACUCUUCCAAUGCACUGCUCUUCCCCCUCGCCAAGAGACUUCUACAUGAGCUGCUGGCCUCUGACCCCCGCCUGCCUUUAAUGGUACUGGCCAACAAACAGGACCUUCCAGGAGCCUGCGGCAUUACUGACCUCCACGAAGCUCUGUCACUGUCCGAGGUCGGCGACCGCAGGUUGUUCCUCAUCGGCACCCACGUGAAGAAGGGAGAGGCAGAGCUCAGCUCAGGCGUUAUGGAUGCUCGGAACCUGAUCAUCCAGAUGGUUUCUGAUAUAUAAAAGACUGGUCUCUGCCAGUUAAUCCUGUGUUUUUGAUGGAAUUGAAUAGGUUCUCUGCACCUUUUCACUUAGCUGUUUUCACUACACCAGGUUGGCUCAAACUCUUGUAUGAGAAAAUUAGAUUAUUUAUCUUGUUUUGGUUCAUUUAGCUGGGAUUAUAAAACUUUUAGAUUCUGGAUGUGAAACUGUAGAACUCAACUGAAUUUGAAAAAAUAUCUCCUUGUUUCACCGUUGACCAGGUCUUAAUGUUUAUUGAAGAUGGGUGCCUAUAGGAAACUCAUACCAACUUGUGUUAAAAUGUUAUCGUUACCAAAGAUUUCUUUUCUUUUCACACAAGCGGGUGAGAGGUUUCAUUAAUAGAGCCAUAAAUGUUUUACUUUACAAGACUGCUCGUGGGGGCUUGUUCCUCCCAACGUUUGUAGAUGAUGAUACACGGUCAGCUGUAGAAGCAGUUCAGGUGCUGCCUUCAGGUGUUCAUGCAGCUUGUCAGACGGUACUCAGGGCUCCAGACUAACUUUUUGCAUUGGUUGCACUGGUGCGCCUAACUUUUUUUUUUUAGGUGCACCAGCACAAAAUGUAGGUGCACCCACAUUUUUCAUUGCGUCGCCUUUCACACCAUAAGGUCACCUUUUUAUCGCUCUCCAUAACUUUCAUAUAAUGUGAAUGAUUUUUAAACAAGAAUAAGGUGUAGAGAAAUGCUUGUCUUUAUUUGAAGCAUAAUUAUAUAUAAAUAGAAAAAUAAAGUGUUUAAAGUGCUUCACUGAGCUGAAAUUGAAGCUAAAUUUCAAACUAAAACACUAAGCAAAAUAAAACAUUUCCAAAUAAAAGUUCGAUACGAAACGUUGUUGACCCGCUCACAAAUGCACUAUUUCCGGCCAUAUUCUGACCGCACUCCUGACAGUACACGCAGUGCAUUGCGUUACGUCCUUUGUUGUACCUCAGCCAGGGAAAUUGUUUCAGCCAGUCCUGUCUGAAGGAAUAUAUUUUGGCCUUUUUAAUUUGGGUCUCGGAGCCGGGCUCUAUCCCAGACUCGGUUGUCUCCUCCUCUGGUUCCGAGUCUGAUGCUGUCGCCGAAGGACCGGGGCUCGGCAAUUUUUAAACACACACAACUUAGCGCAGUGAACAGGACCACACCGAGCUCUGUCUCUUAUUGGUUUAGAACACGAUAUGAUCCUACCAUCAGUGUGUGAGUUCGCUCACAGGAGAACACAGAGAGAUGAUGCGCUUGCGAAAUAAAUGUAUGUUAUCACCCGGGCAGCGUCAGGUGCACCAGUGCCACCUACAACAAUGAUUAGUCGCACUCUUAAAAAUGUUGCACUCUGGAGCCCUGGUACUGAAUCACAGUGGAUUUAUUUCAGGCUGUAGAUUCAUUCAGAGCAGCUGUGAAGCUGCAGCUUCAUCACCAGCGAUGAGCUAACAGUCUGUUAGCGUCACACAAUUUAUUUUUCUAAUUUGGAGUGUAUCAUAAUGUUCCUCGUGUGUCGUGAUCCACACGAUAUUUAAUACCUCAUAAAGAUUAAAAGUUCUACUGGGCAAGAUUUUCACAAGAAAAUAAAGCCAUCAUAUCAACGUAGAGUACAAAGUGAGGCCAUUGAUAGAGAGUUGAUAUGUUCACUUACCGUUUGUCCACUUUGUGACCCAAAAUUUCAAACCAAAACACAAAACCUAAAGAGAUUGUGCUGUAUUCAGGUCAGUAGUGGUACGUGAUUUUUGCAUAUUAAAAACUGUAAAAGAUUUUCAAACAGUGACCUCUUUCUGCCAUUUGGGGCAACAACAGGCAAACUUGACUAUAAAAGCUUUAAGUAUAGAAGACUUUAAAUUGUGGAGCUUGCUGACAAGCUUUCUGAUGUGCCGUUAAUAUUUAAACUGAUAAUAAAUAAAAGCCUAAUUUCAGCGAGACCCCACAACUAUUUAAUGUCUAAAUAUUAGAGCGGAUAUUGAAGGCUGUUCGUAGCUGUUGUCAUGUUAUUAUAGAAUGAUCAGGCACAGCACCAAACUAUAUAUAUACUGUAACACUACCAAAUACCUUUGUUACUGCAGGAGUGUCAUUUUUGGAUUACAGCUUUAAAAGUUCAUUGUUACCUACUUUGAUGAGCCUUUAUCUUGAAAAGGGAAUUUAAUUUAUCUUAAAAAAGGGAAUAUAAACCAGAUGAUUUGCUGGAUGUCUUUUGUUUUUGCUGUUCAGAGAGAUGUCUGAGCACAGCUGUGGGCUCUUUAUGUUGUCUUAAUACUGUUAUAUUUGUUCAAAUCUGUCCAGUCUGGUAACUGUGGGAUGAAGGUGAACCAUGUUGUUGAUGUGUGCAAAGCCUUCAUGUGUACCAUUUUUGAUGAAUGUAAAGCACAUUUUAAAAAAAGUUACACUUUUUUUCAAUACCGAAACAUGUCCAAGAUACAGUAUUGUUUGAAAAGAUUCUACCCAGUUUGAUAAAGUCUUAUAUACAGCACUUAAAUAAAUGGUUUCCACUAAA